AUGUUGCUUUUCAGAGAGCAGCUCAGUGCGCUCGAGCGCGACAGUGAAAGCCCCACUCGUACAAAGCGCCAAAUAGCUCAGUAUGCUAAACGCUGGACUAACAACAAAGUCUUUUACUAUUUCGAUGCUAAUAUAACUGUGCCUACUCGGCAAUACAUCCGAACGGUGCUUAAAUACCUCCAGCAACGCACAUGCCUCAGUUUCAUUGAGAGUACUACAGCAGCAACACGUAUAAAAGUGUUCGGCGGAUCCGGCUGUUAUUCUUACGUCGGAAUGCUGUCAGGAGUGCAAGAGUUGUCAUUGCCGGAUGGCUGCAUUGUUGUUGGCACCGUGGCUCACGAGUUCAUGCACGCUCUUGGCUCUGUUCAUACUCACAUGCGAGACGACAGGGACAACUUUGUUAAGGUCAAUCUGACAAACGUAGCUCCAGGUUAUGAAAACAACUUUGUCAAGCAGAGCAAAACAAUCAAUCCUGUGCCAUACGAGUACGGUAGCGUUAUGCAAUACGUCAGCACCUCCAUGGCGAUACAAGGACAUACAAUGGAACCUCUCCAGAAGAGGUUCCAACGCACUAUGGGCUCGAACGUUAUCUCAUAUUACGACCUCAAGGCGUUGAACAAGUUUUACCAAUGCAACGGUGAGAAAUUUUAG